AUGGACAAGCCUGGUUUCGCCCGCUUCCUGGACAGAUCAUUGGAAGACUUCAGGCGGCAGCUGCUGGAUGUCUAUCCAGAUUAUCCAGACUCAGCUUUGCGUCCUGAGGAUCUCCAGGCAUCCGUUCUCAACGAUGAGAGGUACUCAUCUCUACUGCCAUUUGGCAGUGAGGGCACUGUCUUCGAGAAGAGGUGGCACGCGAGCCCACCAGCGAAAAUCGUCGCACAACCUCCGGAUCGUCAGCUCUCCAUGCAAAGCUCGGGGCGCCUGGCCAGAAAGGAGAGCCUUCAAGCAGCCUUGCCCUCUGGCAUCGAACAGCGUGCGGUGCGGCAGCGCCUCCAGCUUCGAUUGGGAGCCUGUGCUGGGCAGACCAUGAUGUCUGGAGUCGAGCUACACCAUGCUGUGGUGGCGCUCGGGCUCACUCGCUACACAGAGGAGGAUGCAACCACUUUUUUGAACCAAUUGUCGGAGUAUAUUGCCUUGCAAUAUGACGAUGAUGCCAUUCCUCGGAAUCUGUCUAACAGGAGCCUAAGACGAGACUCCGAUCGUGAAGCGAGCUGGCGAUGGCCUUCGCAGGACACGCAGGCUCCGCUGUCUUCGGAAAUGGCCAUGACGAUGACACUGUCAAUCAAGAGCUCGCAGAAAGGUUCUCGUCGGCUCAGUGCCGCUGCUAAUGCUGACACGCUGACUGGCUGCGGCAUGGCCCCCGUCGAGGCGUUGAUGCGCGUGUUCUUGGCUGAAGACAAAGAUAUCGUUCGGCGCAAGAUCUUCGACUCGCGAUGUUUGAAACAGUACAAAGCGAUGAAAGAGAUUUUGUUGGCCAGUGACACAAAUCGCUUGGUUGCCGAGCUCACCUUUGUGCGUAUCAACGACUUAGCCGCCCCACCAGAGGAGGCAUCUCAGCCUCGAACGUAUUUGGAGCCCUUGGUGGUCAUCAUGAUCAUAACCAAUGCGGUGAUUAUUGGUAUUCAAUCUGAUCCCAACCACAAAGACUGGUAUGGGUGGACAGCGGUGGAAGCGGCAUUCGCCUGCUGGCUGAUCACUGAGAUCGUUCUGCGAACGUGGGUGAUGGGAUGGACAGCGUACCUGUAUGGUGAGGAGCGCAUGUGGAAUUUUUUUGAUAUAUGUGUCGCCCUGAUUGCUAUCGUGGAUGUGGCUGUUUUCCGAAUGGGUCUGGACGAAGCCACGGGUUUGUAUGGCACCUGGCUCCUUCGCAUCUUCCGCCUGAUACGAUUGGUUCGGGUGAUGCGGGUCUUCCGCUUGCGGCUGAUGCAGGAUCUGCGGCUGAUGGUGAAGGGCUUGCUCGGGGGAGUAUGGACGCUAGCCCUGUCCUUCAUACUGCUCUUUCUCAUUUUGUACAUUGUCGCUGGCUUCGCGACCAUCUUCAUCGGAGAUGAUCCCAGACUCGUGGAGCUGGGUCUGGAGCUUCAGUUCCGAACCGUUCCCGACUCGAUGUUUACGGCGUUUCGGUGCUUCACAGGCGACUGCAACUCCGACUCCGGGGAGCCAAUCUCAUCGCUUUUGGCUGCGCAGUAUGGCGUUCCUUUCAUUCUCGGGUUUGUCGCCAGCUACUUGCUGGUUGCCCUGGGCAUCUUCAACGUCAUCCUGGCGGUGUAUGUUGACAUCACGAUGAAGGCUGCUAAGGAGACUGAAGCACUGACUGCCGAACAACAUUUCCGUGAGUCGAUCCGGAUCGCGCGCACGACACGGGAACUGCUGAAGCGGUUCGCCGCAGCGCAUCGCUGGCUAGAAAUGCACAAGGAGGACGAGUUGGAUAGCGGGUCACACAGUCCCCCGAUGGACACCACGGUGCAGACACCCAUCUUCACCGACGAGGACGUGCACGAAAACUUGGCCAUUAACAAGGAGUGCUUCCUUAUGGCCAUCCAAGACCGGGAAGUGCAGCACUUGAUGAACCAGUUAGACCUUCCACCUGAUCGGGCGAAUCUGUUCGAGAUAAUUGAUGCUGAUGGCUCUGGUGCUUUACACAUAGCAGAGCUGGUGCAUGGCCUUUUGAAAGUUCGCGGCGAGGUGAAGAAGAGUGACACCGUGGCUGCGCUGCUAGCAACCAAGGCUGUACAGGAGAUGGUGCAGGAGAUGCAGCAUGAGCAGAAGUCUGACAUGGAAUACCUGUUUCUGGUGCCCGCUUGGUUUGGCUGCUUCUCGACAGCCCUUAUCCCUAUCUACUUCGUGUUCUUUGACAUCAUGAACUGCAUCGGCCACUGCAACUUCGAGUGCAUGCCAACUUGGGCACAGGCCGGGCCACUCAAGUAUUUUAUCUACACCUCCUCGUACCACUCCCUGCAUCACAGCAAGUACAAGUACAACUACUGUCUCUUCUGUCCGAUUUGGGACUACCUCGGUGGCACGGUUCAUUCGACCACAGAUUCCCUGCACCAGGAGGUGCUCAGUCAGAAGAGCAGGCAGCUUGAGGUUGUGUUCUUGGCACAUGGCCAUGCCCUCUACUCCAUGUUACACCUUCCAUGGCUGUCGCCCUUCCUUGCUUCGCAUCAGCAUGAGCAGCGAUGGUGGAUGCUUCCACUGCAGCCCUUGACAUUCCUGUGGGUGCUCUUUUGCCGCCACUGCCUGUCGACUGCUUGCGUUCAACGCUUUCACUACCGCAGCACCCAGUGUGCUACCUGGUGCUUGCCGGUGACUGGCCACUUCUACUUCAUGAAGUCACACAGGCAGUCAAUAUUCGACAUGCAGGUGCAGGCAGUCAAAGACGCAGAUGAUGCCGGUGUGAAGUACCUGGGGCUGGCCCACCUGAACAAGGCGGAGUUCCUCAAUCAGGGAGGCAAAGAUUUGUUGCCACUGCUGGGCGACCGCAAGAUCAAAAUUGUGCACGGCAACACGCUCACAGCUGCCGCCGUUUGGCAGGCGCUCCAGGAGCACACGCAGCCCAAGGACGAGAUCGUCUUUGCUGGGUCCACAUCGAAGAUUGGACGAGCCCUGUGCAUCCUCUUGGCACGACGCGGUCACACUGUCAGGAUGAUCACCGGUUGUGAGGAGCGGUUCCAGAAGAUCAAGGGCGAGGCCGGAGAGUUCGGGAAGAACUUGGUGAGGGUGCAGACAUACGAGGAAGGUGUGGGCUGCGGCGUGUGGAUCCUGGGCAAGUGGAUGGAGCCAAAGCGCAUACAGGCACUAAUUCCGCCUGGCUCGCUCAUCAUCGACUUUGCCGUUCCGCACGUCAGCGAGGAAGUGGCGAGAGAUUACCGCUACGUGAACGGUGCAGCGUUGAGCUACAGUAUGAAGGAGACAGAUCUGACCUUCUGUCACGAUGUGCCGAACACGGUGCCGGCCUGCCUGGCGGCAGCAGUCAUUCACGCCAGGGAGGACACCCAGCGGCAUGAAAUUGGUGAGGUGGAGGUAGAAGAGGUCGAAGGAUGGUGGGACAAGGCUUCCCGCCACGGCUUCCGCCUGGCCUACCGGGAGCCCAUGGGCAAGCGGGCCAAGAUCGAGUAG